UGCUCCGGCGAGUCAUCCCAAUCAGUGAGGCUGUGUUUGCCGCGAUGCUCGUGCAGGCCCUGCUGCCGCUCGGCGUCCUGGUCGUGCUCGCGCCGCCCGCCGCCCCGGCCAUCGGCGGCGGCUCAGGCCCAUGGGAGUGCGUGGAGGGGCGGUGCGUGGGCGGCGCUGAGGUCGCCGCCAGCCAGCUCCUGCAGCCCGUGCCCCUGCACCAGGCCAGUCAGGCCGCCUGCCGCCUGCACUGCGGCCAGCACGGCGCCCUGUGGCCGCGGCCCACCGGGCCCACCACCAUCGGGCGGCAGGUGGUGUCCAUCGACCCCGGGCGCGUCCGCAUCCAGCUGAGCGUGCCGCCGCCGGCCAGGGCGAGGGCCUCGGGCCCGGGGCCACCGCUAGGGGUGGCGGCGCGCGCCGUGCUGCAGGAGGCGUCGCGCGGCCUCGACGCGGCGCUCAGGCGCCUGUGCGACGCGGGCUGCGUGGCCGGCGACCACGGCCUCGCCGUCGUCAUCAACGCCACGGGCGCGGACCUCGGCCUCGACUGGGACACGGACGAGAGCUACCGGCUCGACGUGUCCUCCAAAGGAGGCACCGUCCGGGCGACGGUGCACGCCGCCACGGUGUGGGGCGCGCGGCACGGCGUGCAGACCCUCGGCCAGCUCGUCACCGCCAUCGCGAUGCCGGCGACGUCCGCCGGGUCGCCACCGAGAGUGAUGCUGGUCGCCGUGGCCGCGGCGCGGGUCGCCGACGCGCCCCGCUACCCGCACCGCGGCGUGCUGCUGGACACGGCCCGCCACUACCUGCCGCUGUCGGCGCUGCUCCGCACCGUGGACGCCAUGGCCGCCAGCAAGCUCAACGUGCUGCACUGGCACGCCACUGACUCGCACUCCUUCCCGCUGCUGCUGCCCGGGGCGCCGCAGCUCGCCCGCACCGGCGCCUACUCGCCGCGCGAGGUCUACUCCCCCGCCGCCGUGGCCAGCGUGCUGAGGUAGGCCUGCCAUCACGUCUCACCUCACACUGCAUCGCUCUGCAUGCAUCCGGUGCAAA